CAUCGGUGCGACCAAGAACUUCUUUUUGUGUUCUUUCGGCCGGUUAAGCGCGCGCUCUCUCCCGCUCCCCCGUUUCUUCCGUUGGAGCAUGAAAGGUGGGCGAUCUGCAUCCCUUUCUGUUUCUCCUUCUUCUCGCCCAUUCCGAAGGCGACGCCGUUUAUGCUCCAAGAAGGAGCUUGACCGAUCCCAACAUCUUGCAGAUAUCCGACUUUGGUAAAUCCUUGUACCUUGUUCCAAAUCACCUGCAAUCAGGAUAACUGCGUCACUAGGGUAAAUUUUGGAUCGUUUAAUCGGGAGGUGUAAAAUAUCAUCCCUCGUUUUCUCUUUUGGAACAAGCAACAGUGAGACCUAAUGGAGGGAAUGCACCUCUGCAGAUUGAUUUGAGCUGGUAGGGUCUGAUGGGUUUUCCUCACUGUUUGCCACGUUCUUGUGGGAAUAUGGUUCAUACAUGGGGUCUGUAAUUCGGGAUUUGGUUAGUAGGUAGCAAUAGCUCCAUAUUACUUAUUCGCCGAGAAGGAAAAAUCCGGUCCCUAAGAAAAUCUUCAAAGCGGAAACAAAUGCCACCUUCCAAUUUCACCAGAAACCCGAUCAAGAAGAAAAGCCUAUCCGUGACACUAAUUUCUCUCCUUAAAUCCAGACUCUGCAAAUUCCUUCUUCCGCUCUUUCUCUUCGUGGUCAUCAUUGCCUUCCACUCUUCGAACCCCUCAUUUAUUGCUCGAAAACUUCAAAACCCUGACUGGCAAUGCAGUGCCAUCGGAGAAAACUUAGGGUUCCUCCCUCCUGGGGAGAAAUACUUAUGGUUCGCCCCACACAGUGGGUUCAGCAACCAGGUCUCAGAGCUCAAGAAUGCGCUGCUCAUGGCAGGGAUACUCAACAGGACACUUAUCGUGCCGCCUGUGCUGAAUCACCAUGCCGUUGCCCUUGGUAGUUGCCCUAAAUUCAGAGUGGAGAACCCGGUGGACCUUCGAUUCGCUGUCUGGGAGAGCAUUGUUCAAAUGAUUCACAGCCGGAGGUAUAUUUCAAUAGCUGAUAUUGUUGACCUCUCAUCAUUGAAAUCAUCUUCUUCAGUUAGAAUGAUUGAUUUCCGAGUUUUUGCCCAGUUAUGGUGUGGCAUUGAUGUGAAAUUAGCUUGCACUGGUAGCCUCUGCUGUGGCAUUUCUACGGGGCGAUCAUCAUGGAGUAGCUUUGAGCAAUGUGGUUCUUUAUUAUCUGGAUUGGGGAAGGAUGUCGUUGACUGUGUAUAUGGUGUAGACGAAGAUUGCAGAACUACUGUUUGGACCUACCAAAACAAUGUGGAGGAGACUUUGGAUUCCUUCCAGCCCAGCAAAGAGCUACAAGCGAAGAAGAAGUUUUCUUAUGUUAGAAAGAAAAAGGACGUGUACAAGGCCUUGGGGCCUGGUUCCAAAGCAGCCAGUGCCACUGUUCUCUCUUUUGGUAGCCUUUUUAGUGCUCCGUAUAAAGGUUCUGAGCUGUACAUUGAUAUCCAUGCUGCUCCAAGAGAUGGAAGGAUACAGUCAUUGCUUGGUCAGAUCCAGUUUCUUCCAUUUACUCAGGAAAUUGUGAGAGCUGGAAAGAGUUAUGCUGCAAACACAAUAAAGUCUCCUUUUCUAUGUACACAGCUUCGGCUGCUAGAUGGGCAGUUUAAGAACCAUUGGAAGGUGACAUUUGCUGCAUUGCAGGAAAAGAUUCAGAUGUUGAAGAAUGACAGUAAUAGCAGAAGAGAUGGUAUUCACAUAUUUGUGAUGACUGAUCUGCCUCCAGCUAAUUGGACUGGCACAUACUUGGGAGAUUUAACCAAUGAUGUUAAAUCAUAUAAGCUCUACAGCUUGCAUGAAGAAGAUGAAUUGGUGGUACAAACUGGUAAGAAGGUCCUUACCGCAGAGCAUGGCAUUAGGUCUGGUUUUCUUCCAAAGAUGCAUGAUACACCAAGAAGAGACAAUGAUUGCUCUUCUGAAACUAGACCUGACAUUCUUUUGUACAUUGAGGAGGCGAUCUGCAGUUGUGCUUCACUGGGUUUUGUUGGGACUGCAGGUUCUACAAUUGCUGAGAAUAUAGAGCUUAUGAUAAAGAACAAUGUUUGCUUCAACAGCAAUGAAUAAAGGGGACAUGGGUUUGGUUGUGGAGAAGAUAUUAGUGGAUUAAGUGAUUGCUAGGUGCUUCAGCUCUAUCUACACUGAUUAUGUCCUAUCUCUAAAUGAGAAUGAUUGAUAUCGUUCAGCAACCUCAGGAGAAAGCUGUAGUCACUGCUUAUGGCUCCCUGCUGCUGGUGUUUCAGGUGCAUUUCCUACUGUUGCUCACACAAAAUAUUGGUAAUGAUUACAGAUGGCACCAUCCAGCAAAUAUUGAAAUAUUCAGCAUUUCAUGGUGCAAUCAAACAAGCCAUCCACUUUUAGGAUACUUCUUUGGAAGUCAUUUUAGAACUUCUUGGCUCUCAACAAUAGAAUGAAUUUUAUGGUGGCGUGCUAUCGUUGUCCUCAGGCAUGCCUUGUGCUUAUACCAACCCACAACAAUGCAACCGUGAGAUUGGAGUAAUGCUUCAUCUUGCUUCCUCAUUGGUUCUUUCUGCAAUCAUUGUUGUAGAUUGCAUGGCAGAUUGUGCUAUAGCAAUAUCAAAUUAUCAAUUAUCAAGGGCAUGUUCAUUCCAGAAGCUAA